AUGGAUGUUGACAGUACCGGCCGUAUGAGUGCGCCUGGCUUCACGGUCAGCGCACAGCCAACUUCACAAACAUUUAUUACGCUUGUGACCACCACCAGCUCAAGUACGACGCAAUUCCUGAUUUCGAUGGCAUUUCAGACCGUCACGGUGUCUGCUACGGCCUCGCCAGACUCCCAGGAUAACAACACAGAUCGAGCAUGGAUUGCUGGCGCUGUAUUGGGCCCGGUUGUUUUUCUUUUAAUCCUCCUCACAGCAGGCUUCUUUAUCUGGCGACGGCGCCGACAAGCUGCCUUCAGAGCAUCUGCCCUCACCACACGAUCGAUUCCGGUAGAGAGGAAAUCGCAGUCACCUUCACCACCAAGGCACCCGUCUGAGUUACAUGAAGAUACCAUAAUACCACAGCCCCAAGAAUUGUAUGGCUCGCCGCCAGAAGCUUCAUACAUUGCCGAAAAGCGAGCACACCAAGUUCCGGCCCAAGAACUGCCCGCGAACGAAGUUGCGCCCGCAUUCCAGGAAGAUGAUACAUCGAAAGAAAUAUCUCGCACGGCUUGGCAAUCUCCGGACGAAAUCCGUGCUCGAUGA